AUGGGACGGUAUCGGCGGAACUGUUACUUUGUCGCGGUAUUUUUUAAUACCGUCGCGGUAUUGCGUUCCACGCCAAAAGCACCGGUUACUUUGGAACUGCCAGAGGGUCUAGGAAGCAAGUCGCUGCAGGGGCUUCAGAGCGCUGUGUCGCCUUUUAACAACAAAGAAUACAAAGUACUUAAGGUGCCGGUAAUAAAGCUUCAAGCGAUAGGUGUAGGGUAUUUUGUCGCGGUAUUUUUUUGUCGCGGUAUCAUUUGGAACGGUACCGUAGAGGAACGGUAUUUCCCCUCUCUAGUAGAAGUGAAAGGUGGUAAGGGUUUUGUUAACAAAUUAAUUGAUAGGCUUUCAUUUGAAUUACACAUUUCAAGUUAUAACUACUGUGGACCCGGAACUAAGCUAAGUAAACGAUUAGCACGAAACGAUAAGGGUAUAAAUCCAUUGGAUGAAGCUUGUAAAAUACACGACAUUGCCUAUUCGAAAAACGCGGAAUUAGAUAAACGACACGAGGCAGAUAAAAUUUUGGCUAGCAGCGCUUUAAAAAGGGUAUUGGCUCGUGAUUCUGGUAUUAGCGAAAAAUUGGCUGCUUUAGGUGUCACAACUGCUAUGAAGGCAAAAGUAAAACUAGCUAAAAUUGCAAUUCAAAAUAAUAAUCCCAAAGAUAUCGGAUCCGCGAUUAAUAUUGCUGCAAAAGCUGUUAAGGGCAUUAAAAAAGAUAAACGUGCUCGCAUAAUUGCUUUACCAAAAACCGGUGGAUUUCUACCACUUAUUCCAUUAUUUGCGGGAUUGAGUGCUCUUGGAGCUUUGGCCGGAGGUGCAAGCUCAAUCGCUAGUGCCGUUAAUAAAGCAAAAUUAGCGCAAGAAGAUCUUAAAGAAAAACAACGACAUAAUGAAAAAAUUGAGACAAUAGCCAUGGGAAAGGGAUUGCAAUUAAAACAAUAUAAAAAAGGCCUUGGAAGAUUACCAAAACGAGCUCUAACAAAUAUAGAUUUAAAUAAAUAUGCUAAAAAAUUUAAAAAUUUUCGGGGAGUGUUUAUGCAGGACGACUUGCCACAUAAAAUUAAACAAUUCGAAUGUGGAAUUAUUAACUUAGAUAGUAGUGAGGGAGAUGGAACACACUGGACUGCAUACAUUAAAAAAAAUAAAAACGUUUUGUAUUACGUUAGUUUUGGUAAUCUUAUGCCGCCAACAAAAGUUGCAUCGUAUUUUUACACUUCAACUCAACAACCCGUAAAAAUCACAUACAAUCAUACGCAGUUUCAAAAUUAUAAUUCUUUAAACUCAAUGAGGACGUUUAGUUUUUCGGGGACGGAAUCCGUUUUGAGUGCUGAUUUCUAUCCACCGAUAGAUUUAAGAGAUUUUGAUAAUGAUUUUGUUAUAGGACUUUUAAGUUUAGAAGUAUAUAAUGCUAUACCAAAUAUUUAUAAAGAUAAAAAUAUGUUUUACAUUGGCUCUCACAAAAUUGAAAUUCCCAAAGGAACAUAUGAUAUUGAUAAUAUUAACAGUUUUUUAAAUGAAAAAAUCAAUGAUUUAAAUAGAGCAACAAAUGAUAAAUUAUUCUUAUCGUUAACAGCGAAUUUAAAUACAUUAAAAUGCGAAAUAAAAUCUACUCAAGAUAUUGAUUUUACAGCAAUUCAAUUGGACAUUUAUUGGGUUUUCAUAGAUGGUGACUUGCUCAAUUUCCGAGGAGAGACCAUCACGAUAAGAGCUCAUUUAAAGGCCCAGCAGCAGCUGCAGCAGUAA